AUGGGUUGGUAUAGAAGGAAGGUAAGCAAGAACUGGCACAUUCCAGCUACUUUCCCUAGUGAAGCUGUUAUUUCUGCCUACUUAAAUCCACAAGUGGACCGGUCGACUGAGAUUUUCUCAUGGGGCAAGCCUGAUCUCUUAGUUCUUAGAAAGCUAUGCUGGGAAAAGUUUGGUUGGAACGGUAAGAAGACAGAUGAUCUGCUACUUCCUGUCUUGAAGGAGUACGAAAAACGCGAGACGCAACUUCGUAUGGAAGCUUUUUAUUCCUUCAGUGAAAGAUUUGCAAAGAUUCGAAGUAAAAGGAUUAAAAAGGCUGUCAAAGGAAUUGGCGGAGGUCUAUCGUCAGAAGUUGUUGAUCAUACUCUCCAGGAAGGUCCAGGAAUUGGAAACAAGAAAAGACUCUCUCCCGAUGAAUCCGAAGAUAAAACUUCAGAGAAAGAUUUAAGUAAAACCGAUGAGAAGGCGACAAACAAAAGGAAACGCUCUGAAAAACCAUCUAGUAGUAGAGGCAGAGGCAGCGCCCAAAAAAGAGGACGCGGAAGAGGAAGGGGACGAAAAAACCUCCUCCCUGAGCUAUCUGACGGUAGUUCUGAUGGUGAGGGUGAUGACAAUGAUAAUGUUGUUGGGUUGCAGGCACCUAAUGAAGCAAAACCUGGCAAUCCUCAAAAAGUGCGAAGGUCAACACGAUCUCGGAAUCCCGUGAAGUACAGUGAGAAAGAAGAUGAUCAGUUGGACGAGUCAAGAGGCAAUGGAGAAUCCCUUAGUGAGAAUUUGGACGAUGAUGAUGAUGAUUUCCUCAAAAACUUAGGCAAAUUAGGGAAUGUCUCUGAAGAGAGAGCACAGAAUGAACCAACAACCAUGGAUGCAUCGAAUAACGAUUGUCCUUCUGAAGACUAUAUUCAAAUGGGAGGUGGUGGGUUCUGCGUAGAUGAAGCCGAGACUGGAGGAGAUGCUCAUGUGGAGGAUAAAGCUAGUGAUGAUUACAGAGUGAUGGGUGGUGGAUUCUGUGUUGAUGAAGAUGAAACAGGUGAGGAAGAUGAUGCGAUGGAUGAAGAGGUGUUAGAAACUGAGGAUGUAAACAGCCAAAAUAAAGCUAAACGUCAAAACGAGGAUCCAUCAUUGGAGGAGUAUGGUGGUGGCAUUGAAAUUGGGAUUUCUUCAGCUGGAGGAUUAAGUGCUAUGCCUUUCUUGAAGAGAAAGAAGAGGAAGAACUGAUUAAAAAAUAUUGUA